GAAACAGAAAGUACCAAAUCUCUCUGCAGCAAGACUCCGUUUCAGCAGCAGACGACGCACAGUCAUUCAAAACAAAACAAUCCAACGUGUUAUCACUGUCAACAUUCCUCACGUAACAAUGGAGUUAAUCAAUAGAAUAGAGAAUCCAUGCAACUACCAAAUCAGUAAAGUUGUAAAAUUAAGGCCAGGAGCAAAGGUUGGAUCAUGGUGUGGAUUUGUCCUGCCAAUUUCCAUGAUAUUUUCUUGUUUAAAAUACCAUGAAACUGUUUCCACAAGUUACAAGUUAGCAACCAUUUGCUCAACAGUGUCAUUAGUCUUCUUGUAUAUGAAUCUGUUUAACAAGAAACCACUUAUAACACAUGUUACAGCUUUAGCUGUGGCUCUUUCUGGUUGUUUACUAACUGGGACUGCACUAGUAACUGUGAUGAAAUUUACAUGCUUUAUGAUCCUCAUCAACAUCAAGAGUUACACAUUCUUGUGUAAACUUUUUCUUCACUUUCCAUGCAGCUUUUCAAUUGGUGAAGCAAUUCUUGCUGUUCAGGGGACAAUUGUUUUUUGUUUUGUUUCAAUAUCAAAUUGUGUGUUGGAUGGCUCCAAUCUCAGCACUGCUUUUUGCCAAAUUUUUCUUUUGGGAAUUGGAUCAUUUCUUCUUGGUACUGGCCUGAUACAACAAUUUCAACAAUUUUUGCCUUUCAUUCUACUGCUUUUCACUGUGAUGGGAACUGUAACAAUUCCAAUUAUGCUUCUAGUUAUGAAAAAGAACCCUAUUACCUGGUUUCUGAUAGACUUUAUUUUUCUGGACACAACAAGGGUACCAAAACUAUUUAGCAUCAUGUCAGACAUUUGCAUAAUCCAUUCCCAUUUCUCUUUGCAGGUAUUUCUCAUAUUGUAUUGGCUAGCAUGUACUAUUUUGGCCUUAGCAAUUGCUUGGUGGUUUGGAAACGGUUCUUCCGUCAAACUAACCGUCCUGCGCAAAUAUUUCCAUGGCGUCGUUAUUGCCAUCUAUUUGCCCGGAGUAUUUUUCGACACUGAACUACUCUUUGUAGCUUCGGUUAUGGUCUUGGCUGCCUUUCUUCUAUUAGAGUCAGUUCGACUGUACAAUCUGGACUACGUGGGAGACAUUCUAAACAAGAACAUGGUCGGCUUUCUUGACGAAAAAGACCAAGGAACCCUCAUACUCACUCAUAUUUACUUACUGAUUGGUUGUUCGUUACCAAUAUGGAUCUUCCCUCUCGAAUCAGCAAUGGACACAACAGAUAAACUGCUACUGUGCUCUGGUGUAGUGUCACUUGGAAUCGGGGACACUGCUGCAAGCAUUGGCGGAACUUUGUGGGGCAAAAACAAGUUUCCUGGUAGCUCCAAGAGUAUCGAAGGGACAGUGUGCUCUAUAUUGGCGGAAAUCCUGUUCCUAGUCAUCAUGUUUCAUUUAGGCGUGUUUGGAGAUUCCCCCCGAUUGCCGUGGCUUAGCUUUAUUGGGGCCGCCGUAGUCACUUCUCUCGUUGAAGCCUGUACAACUCAAGUUGAUAACCUUGUUUUGCCGUUAGUCAUGUACAUCAUUGUUAUGAUCUAAUAUAUCAGUUAUAUUUCCUCGAAA